AUGACAGAGCCAAGCAGCAGAAAGGAAGGAUUUAAAAAAUGCCGGAGUGCUACUUUCAGCAUCGAUGGCUAUAGCUUUACAAUUGUUGCAAAUGAAACAGGGGACAAAAAUGCACGACCACUUUCACGAUUUGCUCGGUCUAAAUCACAAAACUGCUUGUGGAACACCAUUAUUGGUGGGCUGACUGGCAGCCUCAAGGAAAGACCAAAGCCAACCAUCAUCAGUGACCCUAGACCUCCUGAAGAAAUCCUAGCGGAUGAACUACCACCGGUGGACAGUCCUGAGGCAUUGGUGAAAACAUCUUUCAGAUUGCGGUCUUUGGUAAAGCAGUUAGAAAGAGGGGAAGCUUCAGUUGUAGACCUGAAGAAGAAUUUGGAAUAUGCUGCAACUGUUCUUGAGUCAGUAUACAUUGAUGAAACCAGGCGUUUACUGGACACAGAAGAUGAACUCAGUGACAUCCAGUCUGACUCUGUGCCCUCGGAGGUCCGGGACUGGUUGGCUUCUACCUUCACGCGGCAAAUGGGGAUGAUGCUCAAAAGGACAGAGGAAAAACCCCGCUUCAGGAGUAUUGUCCAUGCAGUACAAGCUGGGAUAUUUGUGGAAAGAAUGUACAGACGGACUUCCAAUAUGGUUGGUUUGAGCUACCCACCAGCUGUAAUUGGAGUGCUAAAGAAUGUAGACAAGUGGUCCUUUGAUGUAUUUGCACUAAAUGAUGCCAGUGGGGAUCAUGCACUGAAAUUCAUUUUCUAUGAACUUCUCACGCGCUAUGAUCUGAUCAACCGUUUCAAGAUCCCCAUUUCUGCCCUGGUGUCCUUUGUGGAAGCUCUGGAGGUUGGCUACAGCAAACACAAAAAUCCCUAUCACAACCUAAUGCACGCUGCAGAUGUGACACAGACAGUCCAUUACCUCCUUUUCAAGACAGGCAUAGUGCACUGGCUGACAGAGCUGGAGAUCUUCGCUAUGAUCUUUGCAGCUGCCAUCCAUGACUAUGAGCACACUGGAACCACCAAUAACUUUCACAUCCAGACACGGUCAGACUCAGCCAUUCUAUACAAUGACAGAUCUGUGCUUGAAAAUCACCACGUUAGUGCAGCGUAUCGUCUGUUGCAAGAUGAUGAAGAGAUGAAUAUUUUAUCUAAUCUCUCAAAGGAUGACUGGAGGGAAUUCAGAGCUCUAGUAAUUGAGAUGGUGUUGGCCACAGAUAUGUCCUGUCACUUCCAGCAAAUCAAAGCCAUGAAGAAUGCUUUGCAGCAGCCAGAAGGAAUUGACAAGCCGAAAGCCUUAUCACUGUUGUUGCAUACAGCAGAUAUCAGUCAUCCAGCCAAGGCCUGGGAUCUCCAUCAUCGGUGGACCAUGUCUCUGCUGGAGGAGUUCUUCAGACAGGGUGACAAAGAAGCAGAACUAGGGCUUCCCUUCUCUCCACUGUGUGAUCGCAAGUCUACUAUGGUUGCUCAGUCUCAAAUAGGUUUCAUUGAUUUCAUUGUGGAACCCACUUUUACUGUGCUGACCGACAUGACCGAGAAGAUUGUGACUCCACUCAUUGAUGAAGCUUCCCGCUCUGGCAUGUCUGGGUUCAGGCGUUCCAGUCUGAACAGUAUUAGUCCCUCUGAAGUUAAACGAUCGAGUGUCAAGAGCACUGGGUCCGAAGGAAGUGCCUCACACAACUGCUCCAUACUCACUGUGGACUUCAAAUGUUUUAAAGCCACCUGGACUGAGGUGGUGCAGCAGAACCGGGAGAAAUGGAAAGCGCAAGCCACCAAAGAAGAAAAAGCUAAGAAAGAAGCAGAAGAAAAUGCUCAUCAGGGAACAGAUGAAAAGAAAACAGAUGAAAAGGAUGAGAAGAAGCCAGCUGAAGAUGCUACAGCAGCAAACACAGAGAACAAUAGAGAACCAAAUCCUAGUGAAAACAAAAGUGCAGAUUCCAGUAAGAAUCAUGUAAGUGGGACUCGGCAAACUGGGGUGAACAAACAUGAAGCCUCUCAAGGGAAAAAUGCACCUAGGACAGAUAAGGGAGAGGACUCUCAUCAUGCAGUUGGAGAACAGAAACAGCAAGUCCAGAAUGGUGAAUUAAAGGAAGACAAAAAAGAUCAAUCCAAUGUGGGGGAUGAAUCAAAGAAAACAGAUGGUCCUGCACGACGUUCAGCUGACUUACCAGGCUCUGGUUCCUCGGCAAACCACCUUACAUUGCCAGCCAUCAAACCUCAGUUGCAUCACCUCAGGAGGCCCAUUCACAGCUCAGGAGACUAUUUCCCAGCCUUCCACAAGAAAUCAGAGGAAAAUUCACUGAGAUAUAAGCUGCUUGACCAGAGAGGAAGGAUGAAUAAGAUCCAACAUAUUUCCCAGAGCUGGAACAGGAAAUAG